AUGGUGAAUGUGCAGUUAAUGAACCAUGGAGUGUUGGAUGAAGGGAUGAGGAUGAUGAAGGAGAACGUGCAAGGGUUCUUCGAUCUACCCCACCACGAGAAGCAAAAGUCAGCCCAGAAACCCGGAAGUCUCGAAGGUUACGGGCAGGCUUUCGUCACCUCUCACGACCAGAAGCUGCAGUGGAACGACACGAUCUUCCUCAAAUGCCAUCCUGCUCAUUCGAUCAGGAUAGCACUGGAGAAAUACAGCGAAGAUGUGAGGAAGCUGGCAGCGGAAGUAGUGAAGUAUAUUGGAAUGGCGUUGGGGAUUCAUGAAGGCGAAUUGGAUCUGUUGACGAAAAGUUUCGGAGAAGGGAAAUACGAGGUCAGGAUGAAUUACUACCCAGCAUGCCCGGAACCUGAGAGAGCAAUAGGCCUGUUGCCACAUGCCGACAUCUCGGGGAUCACCCUGUUGACGGAGUGCGGCAACAUCCCUGGCCUUCAGGUCCUUAGCAAGGACAACUGCUAG